AUGGUUAACAAUCAAAAGAAUAUUCAAUUAGUAUUAGUUGUAUUGUGUACAAUUAUUGUUGUUUUGGCAAGUUUUAGUUUGGGUAGUAGUGGUAGUAGACAGGUAACAUCGAAUGAAUCAUUCAUCGAGAAGAUCGACAGAUAUUUAUCGGAUGAUUCAGAUUGGUUUGCCAACUACGAUGUCAACACAAAGCAGAUUCUCGAAGAACUCUUCAGAGAUGCAUUAAAGAGGGUCAGAACCAGAGUAAUGACCAACAAUGACAUGAUGUUCUACGACUACAACAACAAUAAUAAUGCUGAUGGAUUUGAACCACCUGCCUACAACCAAACUGUGGUCGAUGCAUUCGCCUCGAAAACACUGUUGAAUCCACCAGUCAACCUUACCUACAACCCAUACGAUAUUGCCGGAUUCAACUCAACACUCUCCAAUGAGACUGUCUGUGGAUUGCUCUACCCGGACUUGUCAGACCGUUCCACCUACUAUCUCUACAACUACUCUUCGGCUGCCGAAGCAGAAGCUGCCGGUGCCUUUGUCACUCAUCUUCAUCCAUGUGGAUACUGUUCGAAUACCAUUGAUCUCGCUAUGUACAUGAAGUACAUCGACUUGACCAACCCUAUCAGAGACUGCGAUUGCCUCGACAUUUGCCUAAAGGACUGGAUCGAAAAGGUGCCAAACAACAUCCCUGUCAACUCCACCACACUCAACCCAUGUCUCCAGUGCGACGAAGAUAAGAGUGGUCCAAUUUUCAAAGCCGUCGCAGCCAGAACCAGAAGAGAUAGUGGUUUGAGAUCCGCUAUCAACAGACCACCCGAUUCAAUCUACAACAUCACCCACUACUACUAUUAA